AUGGCCAGUCCAGUCUGCAGUUCUGCAAGAGGGCCAGGAGGAGAGGGCCAGGAGGAGAGGGCCAGGAGCAGAGGGCCAGGAGCAGAGGGCCAGGAGCAGAGGGCCAGGAGCAGAGGGCCAGGAGCAGAGGGCCAGGAGGAGAGGGCCAGGAGGAGAGGGCCAGGAGGAGAGGGCCAGGAGGAGAGGGCCAGGAGGAGAGGGCCAGGAGGAGAGGGCCAGGAGGAGAGGGCCAGGAGGAGAGGGCCAGGAGGAGAGGGCCAGGAGGAGAGGGCCAGGAGGAGAGGGCCAGGAGGAGAGGGCCAGGAGGAGAGGGCCAGGAGGAGAGGGCCGGGAGGAGAGGGCCGGGAGGAGAGGGCCGGGAGGAGAGGGCCAGGAGGAGAGGGCCAGGAGGAGAGGGCCAGGAGGAGAGGGCCAGGAGGAGAGGGCCAGGAGGAGAGGGCCAGGAGGAGAGGGCCAGGAGGAGAGGGCCAGGAGGAGAGGGCCAGGAGGAGAGGGCCAGGAGGAGAGGGCCAGGAGGAGAGGGCCAGGAGGAGAGGGCCAGGAGGAGAGGGCCAGGAGGAGAGGGCCAGGAGGAGAGGGCCAGGAGGAGAGGGCCAGGAGGAGAGGGCCAGGAGGAGAGGGCCAGGAGGAGAGGGCCAGGAGGAGAGGGCCAGGAGGAGAGGGCCAGGAGGAGAGGGCCAGGAGGAGAGGGCCAGGAGGAGAGGGCCAGGAGGAGAGGGCCAGGAGGAGAGGGCCAGGAGGAGAGGGCCAGGAGGAGAGGGCCAGGAGGAGAGGGCCAGGAGGAGAGGGCCAGGAGGAGAGGGCCAGGAGGAGAGGGCCAGGAGGAGAGGGCCAGGAGGAGAGGGCCAGGAGGAGAGGGCCAGGAGGAGAGGGCCAGGAGGAGAGGGCCAGGAGGAGAGGGCCAGGAGGAGAGGGCCAGGAGGAGAGGGCCAGGAGGAGAGGGCCAGGAGGAGAGGGCCAGGAGGAGAGGGCCAGGAGGAGAGGGCCAGGAGGAGAGGGCCAGGAGGAGAGGGCCAGGAGGAGAGGGCCAGGAGGAGAGGGCCAGGAGGAGAGGGCCAGGAGGAGAGGGCCAGGAGGAGAGGGCCAGGAGGAGAGGGCCAGGAGGAGAGGGCCAGGAGGAGAGGGCCAGGAGGAGAGGGCCAGGAGGAGAGGGCCAGGAGGAGAGGGCCAGGAGGAGAGGGCCAGGAGGAGAGGGCCAGGAGGAGAGGGCCAGGAGGAGAGGGCCAGGAGGAGAGGGCCAGGAGGAGAGGGCCAGGAGGAGAGGGCCAGGAGGAGAGGGCCAGGAGGAGAGGGCCAGGAGGAGAGGGCCAGGAGGAGAGGGCCAGGAGGAGAGGGCCAGGAGGAGAGGGCCAGGAGGAGAGGGCCAGGAGGAGAGGGCCAGGAGGAGAGGGCCAGGAGGAGAGGGCCAGGAGGAGAGGGCCAGGAGGAGAGGGCCAGGAGGAGAGGGCCAGGAGGAGAGGGCCAGGAGGAGAGGGCCAGGAGGAGAGGGCCAGGAGGAGAGGGCCAGGAGGAGAGGGCCAGGAGGAGAGGGCCAGGAGGAGAGGGCCAGGAGGAGAGGGCCAGGAGGAGAGGGCCAGGAGGAGAGGGCCAGGAGGAGAGGGCCAGGAGGAGAGGGCCAGGAGGAGAGGGCCAGGAGGAGAGGGCCAGGAGGAGAGGGCCAGGAGGAGAGGGCCAGGAGUAGAGGGCCAGGAAGGGCCAGGAGGAGAGGGCCAGGAGGAGAGGGCCAGGAGGAGAGGGCCAGGAGGAGAGGGCCAGGAGGAGAGGGCCAGGAGGAGAGGGCCAGGAGGAGAGGGCCAGGAGGAGAGGGCCAGGAGGAGAGGGCCAGGAGGAGAGGGCCAGGAGGAGAGGGCCAGGAGGAGAGGGCCAGGAGGAGAGGGCCAGGAGGAGAGGGCCAGGAGGAGAGGGCCAGGAGGAGAGGGCCAGGAGGAGAGGGCCAGGAGGAGAGGGCCAGGAGGAGAGGGCCAGGAGGAGAGGGCCAGGAGGAGAGGGCCAGGAGGAGAGGGCCAGGAGGAGAGGGCCAGGAGGAGAGGGCCAGGAGGAGAGGGCCAGGAGGAGAGGGCCAGGAGGAGAGGGCCAGGAGGAGAGGGCCAGGAGGAGAGGGCCAGGAGGAGAGGGCCAGGAGGAGAGGGCCAGGAGGAGAGGGCCAGGAGGAGAGGGCCAGGAGGAGAGGGCCAGGAGGAGAGGGCCAGGAGGAGAGGGCCAGGAGGAGAGGGCCAGGAGGAGAGGGCCAGGAGGAGAGGGCCAGGAGGAGAGGGCCAGGAGGAGAGGGCCAGGAGGAGAGGGCCAGGAGGAGAGGGCCAGGAGGAGAGGGCCAGGAGGAGAGGGCCAGGAGGAGAGGGCCAGGAGGAGAGGGCCAGGAGGAGAGGGCCAGGAGGAGAGGGCCAGGAGGAGAGGGCCAGGAGGAGAGGGCCAGGAGGAGAGGGCCAGGAGGAGAGGGCCAGGAGGAGAGGGCCAGGAGGAGAGGGCCAGGAGGAGAGGGCCAGGAGGAGAGGGCCAGGAGGAGAGGGCCAGGAGGAGAGGGCCAGGAGGAGAGGGCCAGGAGGAGAGGGCCAGGAGGAGAGGGCCAGGAGGAGAGGGCCAGGAGGAGAGGGCCAGGAGGAGAGGGCCAGGAGGAGAGGGCCAGGAGGAGAGGGCCAGGAGGAGAGGGCCAGGAGGAGAGGGCCAGGAGGAGAGGGCCAGGAGGAGAGGGCCAGGAGGAGAGGGCCAGGAGGAGAAGGCAAGGAGGAGAAGGCAAGGAGGAGAAGGCAAGGAGGAGAAGGCAAGGAGGAGAGGGCAAGGAGGAGAGGGCAAGGAGGAGAGGGCAAGGAGGAGAGGGCAAGGAGGAGAGGGCAAGGAGGAGAGGGCAAGGAGGAGAGGGCAAGGAGGAGAGGGCAAGGAGGAGAGGGCAAGGAGGAGAGGGCAAGGAGGAGAGGGCAAGGAGGAGAGGGCAAGGAGGAGAGGGCAAGGAGGAGAGGGCAAGGAGGAGAAGGCAAGGAGGAGAAGGCAAGGAGGAGAAGGCAAGGAGGAGAAGGCAAGGAGGAGAAGGCAAGGAGGAGAGGGCAAGGAGGAGAGGGCAAGGAGGAGAAGGCAAGGAGGAGAAGGCAAGGAGGAGAAGGCAAGGAGGAGAAGGCAAGGAGGAGAAGGCAAGGAGGAGAAGGCAAGGAGGAGAAGGCAAGGAGGAGAAGGCAAGGAGGAGAAGGCAAGGAGGAGAAGGCAAGGAGGAGAAGGCAAGGAGGAGAAGGCAAGGAGGAGAAGGCAAGGAGGAGAAGGCAAGGAGGAGAAGGCAAGGAGGAGAAGGCAAGGAGGAGAAGGCAAGGGAAAGAGUAA